AGGAAACGUUUACUAAGGUGAUUCUUAGCGGGUGUGAAGAAAUAGCAAGGAGCUCCGAGCAACCCACCACUUGCCAUGAUGUGGUCGACAUGCUGCCAGCUCCCCUCUGGCACCAAAUCUUCCACUGCCUCCUGCGGCCACCCCCCCAAUUGGACAAACCCCAAGGCACCACGGGCCUCACGGGGUUUGAAAGGCUGAAGUAUGACUAUUCGAAGAGGGAAUCGGACGACCGAUCGGAGUUCCUGAAAAUGUUCAGUGACCCUAAUUCCUCCGCUAGCGACCAGCAUGAAGAUAAUGCCAGAGGCUAUGGCUCAUCAUGGCCUCUAAUCUGCUGCGCUCUUACCAGCAAGAGGCUUCUUCAGCAUGUCCUCUCUUUCGCUGAGAAACAGCCAAUCUCCCUCGUGUACGAGGACGAGCGUUGGCAGAAGACCAUUCAAUACUUCCUCACCCACCACGGCCAGCACAUCACUUCUCUUGAUCUCAUCUUCACAGAAAUGGACCAGCUCCCCUCCCUCCGCCCUUUGAUCGCUCGCUGCAGCCCCUCUCUUUCCUCCUUCAGACUGAAGCUGCGGGGCUUUGUAACCAUGUUCGAUGAGCAUGAGUACAAGGACUGGACUCUCAGCUUCCUUCAAAACUGCUUGCAACUGCAGCGCCUGAAGCUGGGCCGAGGCAUGUGGAACCUCGACAAGAGCUGCGCGAAUGCCGCGUGGCUGAAAUCAAUCCGCUGCCUGACCCUGAAGCAGGUGGAUACGAGCCACGUGAACUUCGAAUAUCUUGAUUCCAUCACGCCGCAGCUGCACGAGUUCACGCUCUACCAACACUGGCACCUCUCCCGCGGACCCGUCUUUGGCUCCCACGCUAUGACCUUCUCCUUCCCCAAUGCCCGCCUCCUCCGCUUCCGCUUUGCCAGCAACGAGUUCAAGCUCACCCUCUCUGUCUCCCCUGCACUCAAGACUCUCUCAGUGAUGGCCAAGUGGCUUGUUCUCUCCUGCAAGAGCACCGCUCCUCUUGCUCUCGACCACCUCUCGCUGUACGGCCAGGAGCGGCUCGUCAUUUCCUCCCUCCCCAUCGCAUCCGUGCGAGCUGCCUACCUCAAUGGCCCAGCCAGUGAUGAGGAAUCCAGCUGCCCUGGGAUCUCUUACCAGCUGCCCCCCUCCUGGCAGCACGUUCCCCGCGGCAUUUCCGGCUUUUCCUGGACCGAGUGGCUGCGCUCUAUAGCUCAAAACGUGGAGGUGCUUGUAGUGAGGCAUGAGAUUCCGAUCCACGAGGUGGGUGUGGAGUGGAGGAACCUGCGCAGCCUUGGGAUUGUCAUGCAUGCGGAGGGGCCGCACAACAAGGAGUGGGAGGCGACGGUGGAGAAUUACAGGGCGUUUAUGGAGGACGGGGAGUUUGAUGAUGAUCUGGAUGAGGACGGUGGCUGGGGUGGGUGUUAUGGUGAUGAUGACGAGGAGGAAGAUGAUGAUGAGGAUGAGGAUGGUUUCGAUGAUGAUGAUGAGGAGGGUGAGUAUGGGGGGAGGGGUUGCGGUGGAGGAAGGGGAGGGAGUCGCAAGAAGAAGGCCCCUGCGAAGCCGCCUUCUAUCGAUGCUCCGAAUCUGCAGUUCUUCUUCUUCCCCUCUCGCAAGGCGUGUGACGCCGCCACACUGGCUGCACUGCGGCAGGACUACCCCGCCCUGGCGCUCUACUGUGUGGUGGACUGCUCCUUCUACUGGCAGAGGAAGGGGCAGCCGGUGAGCAAUGUGCCGCUCAAGCAUGUGCGGCAGGCGAAGAGCGGGGUGCUGCGGGAUAGGUUUGAUGAGAAGAAGCAGCCGAAGAACGUGAGGGAAAAGAUGUACAGUGUGAAUAGGAAGCUGGUGGAGGGGUACAGUGUUGAGGAGGAUGAGGCUCAUAUGUUCAAAUACAAGGGAAGGUUCUAG